GUGCGAUGGGACGGAGAACUAAAAAUGCGAACCCGUCGCCGAUAAGAAAACCAAAUGCGUCGCUUCCGGAUGAAAGCCGCGAAAUGGGACAUAGCUUAGAAUUCGUAUUACCCUUGCAGAAUCAAGAAAUAGCCUCGACAUCUAACUUGCAACAAAUUCCACACUCGCUAUCGCUCACCCAGCAUGUGCCAAAAGUGACUCACACAAGCGAACGAGAACGGCUGAUGCUGAACACUGCGCACUUAACCAUAGCGAACAAUAUUCCAAGUUCGAGAUGGCCGAACAAGUUAGAAGUGUGUGAUGCAAAUACCACUUUGACUCCUACAAUUGUGGCAAGUUCUGUUCCAUCGGCCACUGUCGGCGAUCAACAGUUGCACUAUCCGUUCAGUUACCCAGUUGCAAUAGCAGAACACACGCAUUUGUUCGACUACUCAUCAAAUGAUGUGCGCAAGUUUUUGCCAUCACUAUCUAGUGCGACUAGUCAAACACCGCCAGAGUUCGCCUCAUCCAGUUGUAACAAAUCCCAUCAAGAUAAUUGGCAAUUGAACUCUUCACGAGGACAGGUGUCGGCAACAACGAGCAUGGUUGUUUCGAGCCAAGUUCUAAGUCAUGGUUUUUUGACCAGUCACACGGUAAAACCGUCCAUGCAAAAGCAACCGAUCAAAAGGCGACUUGAUCUAUCGGGAGGCAACGGGUCUCGGCCUUUCCAGCCGCCACUGAACAAAAAGUGGGCGAAGAAAUUGUGUGCGGAUUUGAAUAGCCAUAUGGAUAGAGCAAAAACGGAGGUAGCCGCAGCCGGGGUCAUUGACAGCAGUGGAAGUGAAGCGAAUGCAAUGUCGACUACUAAAAUGCCUCCGAGUGUAGUCAACUGUUCAAUGCGAUUUCUGGCGUUACCGCCAAGUGACUGUAACAGUUACAACAGCAGCAACAUUAGCAUACGCAAAAGGUCUCUGGUUUCCACUGUACCACUGGAACAACACAAAUUGUGUCGAGUUGUGUCGAAUUCGAAGGCAGAAGAAAUGCGUUCGAUGCCGUCACCAGUAGUGAACGUGUCUUCACAGCAACCGAUGGGGGAUUUGCAGCAAAAGAACGAUGGAUCCCUGGCUCAGACUUCGAGACGAUUUGUUGAGUACAUUCAAAAGUUCUCCGGACCUCCGGUAGACUUGAACGUAAUGGCUCUGAAAAUCAAGUGCCCUAAAAGGCGCCUGUACGAUAUAACGAAUGUUCUGGAAGGAAUCGGACUUCUAGAAAAGGUGUCGAAAAACAAAGUGCAAUGGAUUUGUUGCGGAGGCUGUGAUAUCAGUUUUGAUCAUGUCAACAUAGCGAGCAUUAAAAAUGAGUUGGCUGAUCUUGAAAAGACAGAAGCGGAUUUGGACUUGAGAGUGCGAGCUCUUCAGGACCAGUAUGAGAAAGAAAUCGAAGACUGUAUCAACAACAGGUUUGGUUAUGUCAAACAUCAGGCAGUGAGAGGAGUGAACGAGUUGGGAGCGAAUCGAUUGCUCAUCUUUGCCAAUGGACCCAAGAACACGGAGUUCUCAGUUUACUCAUCGGAAAAAUUGGCAAUACGGUCGCACUCGGGGCCGAUUGAAUUGUUUGUUGCAUCCACAGCUGCACACAGCAAACAAAUGAAACAAAGCAACAAGCAGGCUCCGCAAAUUAUAGAAAACUCGUGCUUCGAAAAGGAACUGGCACGGAGAAUUGAAGAGUGCUCGAACUCUUUUCCAGAGGGCACUGGUGUAUGCACUAGGCCGUCCAGCUCAAUUGGAUCCCUGUGUAGAUCAGCAUGCGGGUCCAACAGAAUUUCUCCGAUUGAUGACGUGUCCAGGGAUUCCGGACUGGAUUCUCCGUCCAUUGCUGGCUCGGGUCUAGGGGGGACAAGAGUUGCAACUCCAGUGCUUCCUUUCACGCCCACUCAUUCACAGGCGUAUGUUCACAGGGAGCACACUUUCCAGACGCUGAACGCUGAUGGAAAAUGUCUUGUUUUGGAUGAGGAAACUUUUGGGUUCAAUCCGCCAAGUCCUCAGAGGAUUAUUCGUGCAGCGGCUGAAGUAGCCAACUGUUCACAGCCAGUGAGCGGCAUUCCCUUCUGGGAUGAUUCAGCUCAUUCCACUAUUAGCAGUCAAUUCACAAUUAGCACCAACGAGUUGUCAUCGUCAUCUAGUGUGCAACUGGAAUCGUGUCCCCCACGUGUUAGAUCAAAGCAGCCUACGAUGAGUGUCUUUGUGGAUGAUUCUAUCAAGACCGCGGCGGCAUCAAUGCCACUUGAGUGCAGUUUUUUGCCCAUAAAGUCUUGUGCUGUUGAAGUCACAGCGGAUCAACAGAGUGGACCAACGUGAGAUUAGAACCUGAGAUCAGUAGUGGGUGCGUGCGUGAGUGCUGUGUUCCGCGGAAGUGUUAUGGGACUAAAAGUGUCUAGAAAUGUCUACUGUUGGUCUAUUCUGAAUGGACACAUCACACCGCAGUAAGAUAUGCACAGAACUUGAAAAACUACUCAAAGUCAAACAUAUGGAAUUGUAGUUGCCUGUAGUUCUCGCUCGCCUGUGGCAGGCGUUGGUGAACUGCACUGGCUGUAUAAAAAAUGUAUAAAGAAUCAGAUAUUUUUCUCGUCGCUUUACACUAGCCAGCUUGCGAGCGAAGUGUAUCAGUACGAAUCUUCUUUUUUUAACCUAA